UUUAAUAAUUUUAUUUUAAACACAUCUAUUUUCAGAAGCACUGAGGUAAAUUGAAAGAACAGAGAAGAUACAACUUGUGAACAUCAUGAAAAUAGUUUUGACAAAGUGCAUUUCUAUUGCGCAAAACAAUAUGAAACGUCGCUUCUUCAUAUUCAUUUUACUUUCAGUAACAUUUGUUUGCAUAACUAUUGGAUACCAAUAUAAACUUAAGUUUAAAAUAGUUAAUUUAAAUAAAGAUACAAAUGUAAAAUGUGGUAAGGAAGAUGGUCAAACCAGAAUGGAGAAUAUUCCAAAGGGAAUUUGGACAGUAAAUUCUAUUGGACGACUUGGCAACCAGAUGGGGGAAUAUGCAACACUGUAUGCUUUGGCAAAGCUGAAUAAUCAUCAGGCCUACAUUUUGCCUUCCAUGGCCAAUUAUCUGUCUCCUCUCUUUAAAACUACUCUUCCAACCCUCCAUAAAAGUUUGAUUGAAAAAUUACACUUGAAGCCUUACGGGCUCCAUGACUGGAUGGAUGACGAGUAUCGUAAUAUUCCAGGGAACUAUCGAAUGCUCAAGGGAUACCCGUGCUCCUGGACCUUCUAUCAUCACUUACGAGAGGAAAUUCUCCGCGAGUUCACCUUUCAUGACUUUAUAACAGAAGAGACAAAUACAUAUCUGAGACGCAUCGUGGGAGAGCGAAAGAAUGUGACUUUUGUUGGUGUUCAUGUUCGAAGGGGCGAUUAUUUACAAACGAUGCCAAAAAUAUGGAAAGGGGUUGUGGCGGAUAAGAAAUAUUUAGAAAAAACAAUGACUUACUUCAGAAAUAAAUACAAGAAUGUAAUUUUUGUGGUGACAAGUGAUGGAAUGGAUUGGUGCAAGGAGAACAUCGAUAAUUCCAAAGGGGAUGUUUUCUUUUCAGAUACAUUGAACAGUCCAGGUCAAGAUCUUUCUAUUCUUGCUCAUUGUAAUCACACUAUAAUGACGAUAGGAACAUUUGGGUAUUGGGCUGGGUACCUCGCUGGUGGGGAGACUAUUUAUCUCGAUAAUUACACUCUGUCUGAUUCACCGUUUCUAAAGGAAUUUAAGUACAAAGCAGCUUUCUUACCUCAAUGGAUUGGAAUUCCAGCUGAUCUCUCACCUCUUCUGGCAGACACUGCCAGUACAAAAAAAAUGAAUAACUAAAUUAACCAAGCAUUCUUAAUUCAAACUGUCAUACACCAUGGAAAGAAGCUCAUCGUCCCAACUUGCCCAAGUCAAACAAGAUGCCCUAUCCACGUUAGUCCCACCUGCCCACCUUU